AUGUACGGUAGAGUAAUCAUGCAUUCUCCAACUCUCGACGCCGAGUCUCGAGACAUUUUUCGGCGUGAUUACGAGGUCUCUGAGGAGAUCGAGCUUGCCCUUCCGGCCGAGGGCGAAGAUCCGGAGCAUGUUCGCCCCGGUUUCUGCUGCGCCUACGUCUCGUACUUCGAGAGUGGCGGGAUGAUUUUCCCAAUUCCGCGCUUUCUGUUGGAGGUACUUGCCCAUCUGAAGAUGGCGUUCCCUCAGAUGCAUCCGAGCCUCGUCCGCCACACUAUCGGAUGCGCCGUCCGAGCCCGUGAGGAGGACAUAUCGUUCGGCGUACGAGAUCUUCGGAAGCUCUUCUCGGUGAAGAGUAACCCGAGGCUCCCCGGCUCGUUCUAUUCUCGCCGAGGCCAAAUCGGCGGAUUUUCACGAACACCCCGCAAAGAGAUGCCGGGUGUCGUUGAUCCAGUACCAAGCAGCCCGUCGAUCGAUUACCUCGUUGAGCGACUGAGAAGGGAGAAGGUGAACUGGAAUACAUUUUCCCGGAUCGGAUCCGGACGAGUUCUCAGCUCUCCUCCUGCUCCUCCUCCAGCUGACCUUCCGGUUAGGUCGGUUCAGGAUUCUAGCUCUGCUUCUUCCGUUCCUCCUCUCUCACGCAGAUCAAAGAUGACCCGUCGUCAACCUCUCAGAUCCCGGACCGCAAAGAGUGCCAAGGGCGCCUCCUCAGGUGGAAGUCGAGUUCGUGCCGGUGAGUUCGUAACGGCCGUGGAGGAGGCCAUGGCUUCGAAGCCCGCGGUGGGGUCUCCUGCCCUUGCCGACCAGGUGGUUGACCAGGUCGACGCGACCGCCGAAGGAGAGGCGCCGAAGCGAGCUCGGAGUGACGAUGGAGAGACUCGUUCUCGCGAGGGCGGCCCGACUGCCUCGAACGGGAGCGGGGGAAAGCCGCCGUUUUACUGGCUGUACGAGAACUCCAAAGGCUUCCCCGUUCAGGACGACGAGGAGGGAACAGCUCGCAUUCACCUCCACUUCAAGCCCGUCGGAUGCCGGCUCCCGUCCCUGAACCAGAUGUCUGAGAAGGAGCUCUACAUCGCGACGUGCGCUGCGAGUGGGAGGGCUGUGGCAGCUCGUAACAUGUUGGUGUCCCGCCUGGAGUCGAGGAUCAGAGACGCGCCUCAGCAGAAAGAGCUCGAUCAGGUGAAGGAGCUCGUUGCCAAGUUGACCUCCGAUCUCUCUGUGGCGAACGAGCGGGUAGCUCGUCAGGGUGAGCUCUUGAAGAAACACACCUCGUAG